GCCAAAUAAGAUUAACGUAGUAUUGUUUAGGCGGGAGCGAGAGAGGCUGGAGCCACACCCUUUUCCCUUGUGAGGAUCGAUAACUCAUCUGUAUUCGGCAAGUGGGAUGUUUAUUUUUUACGCCUAAAAAGUUCUAUAAUUAGACGGGACAUUUGGCAAGUCAAAUUUUGUUUCAUAUUUGGAUUUUAGAGAUAGAAUAUUUUCACGUUUUUAAACGAUUUUGACCAAUGUUUGUUAGCGCUUGGACUCGUUAGUUGACUGCAUGAUAAGCUGCUAGGUUUGCGUUUUUAACAGACAUGAGAAUCUAAGGUACAAUGUUAAGAGACAGACUAUAAUUCAAUAAAAAAUACUUCUCACAUUACUUAUUCGGGGUUGCAAACUCUCAUGUAUCUGGCGACACUCACGCUCAUGCAAGAAAUCUUACAGAUUUCAAUACAAAUUUCGUUCCAUUGUGAACCUAGAAUUAACUACAUCAAAACUUGGGGAUAGUUUGCAAACUUUACAGAAACUGUUACCUGUAUACAUGUAAAUGCGUGUGCAGACUUAACUAGAAUUUAAAAUCUCAUGCCAGCCAACUGACCAAAGUAGGCUACCCUACUUGUUUGUGGUAUUUAGCUUGCUCCUUAGCAAUUUUCUCGUUGACAUAUCGGAAAACAGGUGUUUCAGAGCAAUUUUAGGUAAACAAGAAUUGCCACUGAACGAGUUGGUGAAUGAAUCAUAACGAAUCUUUUAGAUGACAUGUCCUAAAAUAUUCACCCAUCACUAAUACCCACAAAGUGUCUCGACCGUGCGCGAAAUGCACCAACAUGUCAGAUAACGAUCUUUGCUUUCAGUGGGCAGCAUGGUGUGACGUAAAUUGCCAGUUUUUUUUUUUUUUUUUGAAGUUCUUUAGAACGUUCCGAAUUUACGUCACAAUCUCCCUAGUAACGGAGACGCUUAUAUAUGCUACAGGAUAGGAAACAAUACUCAUUUCGUUUCGGAUAGGAAGAUGGGAAUCAUGAAAUUUGCGUGUGCAACUGGAGUGGUAGCUGCUGCCGCUGGUGCAGCGUACCUCUACCGGCGGUUUAGGAAAACGCCAGUGCAGGAGGAAGUGAAUAUGGCCACCUCAUUGCGUGACGAAACUCUAAUCGUGGCUAAUGACUACAUGCAAUUUUGCAUGGGAAUCAGGAGGACACCUCCCAGCGAGUCAGCAAAAGCCAUGCGUUACCUGGCAAAGGAGGUGGAAUAUAUGUAUGGGAUCGAACUGCGCCAUCUCAUGCAGUCAUUCUUAAUCACAUGUCACUUGAACACCUGGACCAAACUAAGGAGUGUGAUGCUGGACAUGACUGAUAAUGAAGACAUGAGUUGGGGUCAGGUUGUGAUUCUCUUCGCCUUCACGGGAAUACUGGCAGUACAAAUGUCUGCCAUAGAUGAAGAUGUCUCCUGCUGCAGACGGCUAGCAGAAAUGAUAACCGAUGUUCUCUGUAAUGAAAAAGAAGAAUGGAUGAUCCAAAAUGGAGGCUGGAGGGGGUUCGUGGACUAUACUCGGAUAUUCAGUCCGAGAUAUCCAGAGUCACCUGCUCUCCUCACAGCUGCAAAGUUGGCAGUCGCCUUUCUUCUUAUCUGUUACCUGCUAAAAAGAACCCUACCAUGCUCAGUCCCAUCUUCAUGCAUUAUAAUCAAGCAACUGCCAGGAACAUGAGUCUGCUAGACAGGACAUACUACCAGAAACGUGCAUUGUCUGUCCUGGAUUGUUACAGUGAAUAAAACUUGUAUUAUCCAAAAAAGUCUAA